AUGGAAUAUUUUAAGAACACAACUUUCUAUAACGUAAAUAUUCUAGACUGGCUUAUUUCUCAAGAAAAGAAUUUUCCAGGGGAUUACCGCUCACCUCAAGAUGCAAUUACUGCCUUUAAAGAUGAUAUUUCAUCCUUCUAUAAGUGUGAACAUGAUGAACUUUUGAUAACUAUAGAAUAUGGUCUUGAGCCUUACAGCUCUACCAACCGAACCCCUUUUUUUCGCGAUGAAACAAUAAUCAAAGAAAAUUGGGCAAACAUUAUAUUAAGCAUCAAAGGGCAUAGAACAUUUUUAGAAAUAGAAAAAAUCUAUCAAAUCAAUCGUGAAAACCGCUGGUCUAAGAUGGUCGUAGAACAUAUAAAA